UGUCUGUCCAAACACACGCUGGAAGUUGAUGCAAAGACGGAGACAGACGGGCAGAAAGUGAAAGAGACAGUAUCAAGUUACCCGUUGGUGGGCACCAUGUCCGAGGGUGCGGAGGAGGACCCGCCCUAUGUGCUGGAAGUCUACAAGGUAGGCAGAACCUUCUCACCUUUGACCUCAAGCAAACUAGCUUCUACUUCUUUGUGUGCAAGGACCUGAGUGAGGAGGAGCUUGUUGACAAGGUGAUGGAGUGUGACAUCAUCAUCUACAACAUCACCCACAAUCCUCAGCAGAUCCCCCAGGCCAGCUACCUGCUGUCAGCCCUCCAUGACAAAAUAUCACUAUUUAGUAAACCAAAGAUGUUCAUCCUCAUCUCCACCGUCAUGACUUGGACCUGCAGUCAGCCAAUCACCUCUGACGACCUGGAGCUUCCUUUCACCGAUGAUGACUUUCGAAGAAGACAAGCACACCCAAACUUCCAGGAGCACCUGGAACUGGAAAAAAAAGUGGUUAAACUUGGCAAAAGUCCGUAG